AUGGAUCAACCAGUUCAACUUCUCUCCUACCAACGCCUCAAAUCAAAGAGUACCUUUAUUAUCUCCCUGCAACAUGGGAACGGUACCGCAACUCCUAUCUACGAAGUCGCAUGUUUAUCCUCGAACCCGAACCUCUCCAUCUCCCGCCUCCAGCCUACAUACCAGCAGCAGCAGCCACCACCACAAUAUGGCUAUCCACCAGCACCACACCCAUACUACCAGCAAUAUCAACCAUACCCACCCCAGCAAUACUCGAUAAACAACCCACCACCACCCACCAAAACAACCAUAGGAACUGUUGCCCUCUCUUCUAUGUCGUCCAAAAUCACCAUCUCAAUCCACAACAUCUCCGAACUCAAAAUGAAGCGUCCGGGCUUCCUCGCCUCUGGCCACCGAUUCACGCACCCUCGCUACGGUACCCUCGAAUGGAAAGAAAGCGAUCUCUUCGAGAAACGCUUCAAGCUCGUCGACUCGAACAAGACCGUACUGGCCCGAUUCGAUAAGUGGAAACUACCGGAACAGCAGCAGCAAUCGAAAUCGUCAAUCUGGGGUUCUUCCUCAUCGUCGUCGUUGUCGAAGAAGAAGAAGGCGUGGGCAUUCCAGAUCUUUAUAAAUGCGGAUCCGGAGCUGUUGGAUUGGAUUGUUGUCAGUGGGUUGGGGGUUGUUGAGUAUCGGAUCACUUCGGAUAAGGAGUGGGAGGAGGAGCUCCUGGGAAAUGAUGAUGUUUGGCCGGCAUUGUUGGGAUAA